CGUGUUUCCCCCUUUUUAAGACGUAGCCAUAAUAUAAGACAUAGCAGGAUUUCUAAGCAGUUGCGCGAUAUAAGCCAUAACCCGAAAAUAAGACAUAGUGAUAGACCCUUCCCCCCUCCCGCCAGCCAACUCUCCCCCAUAAAAAUCUCUCCCCAUUUUACUGUCGCUCCAAAGACACGCAUUUCUUUUAAAAGCUUGUAAAAAUGCACCGUAGAGCCGUUCCUGCAGCCUCGUGAUUCCCCCUCCUGUUUCUGUAAGCAUUUUUUAAAAUACCUGUAAAAGGAUUCCAAAAUAUUUUUUUUUAGCUAGGCUGUGUGAGCUCUGCUUGCUUGGUGAAGAGGAGAAAAGUGGCAUUUGCGGUGGGGAGAAGAUGAAAGCACGAGGGAAAAAAGAGGGGCGAUUGAAGACGCUGCCUUCCCCUUUAGGGAGAGACUCUGUGUGCGCGUCUCUCUCUCUCUCCCCCCCCCCCCCCCGCCUCUCUCUCUCUCUCUCUCUCUCUCACACACACACACACACAGCCCACCUCUCGCUUCCCCCCACCUUUCCCCCUUUUAAUAGCCUUUUAAAAAGUGAGGAUUCUUUUUUCUUUCCAUUGCUUGUCUGUAGAGCUUCCCCUUUAAGGAUUUGUACCGGUACCGGGAUCGCUGCCGGUGGCGCAGUCCUUGCCUUGGGGAUUAAGGACUUUCCCCUUCUCGCUGUUUAGGAGCUGCUAAACACUGCCCUACACCCUACACAAAAGUUAACAUUUUGUGGGUAAGAGAAACACGGACGGGUUGUUAGGACCAGCAGAUUAUCUCACCCCGCUUUCUGCUGGCUCAAUUGCUACUUAAUUGCUACCAUUUACCAUCUUAAUUGCUGCUCAGCUGGCUGCUUUGUUUUCUACAGUAUCUCAGCCGGUAGCCUCUUUGCUAUCAGUGCUACAAAGUGCUACAUUGUUGGAACUUUCGCUCUUAAGUCUUGGGCAGUUGGCUGGCUGGUAGAGAUCCUUAUUUGCUUUAGUAUAGGCUACUGCUACGACUGCAUCACACAGAUAGAUUCCAUUAUACUGUACUGGUUUAAAUUUAAGAAGCUCCAGUGUAGCAGAUUGCUAUUAAGUGAGUCCCCACCUGUGAGGGGAGAGAGAGAGAGCAGCCCUUCGGAGGAGCUCCUUCCCUCCCUCACGAACAUCCCAGGGCCAGGGAGAGAGGGCUGGGCCAGCGAUGCACACACCUCCCUUCCCUCAGACUCCCUCUCAUGGAGCUUGGUGGUGGCUGUUGCCCGUCAUUUUCUUUCAGUCAAGAGUCCUGCCCCGCAGGGAGACAGGGAGCAAGAGGGGCACUGCUCCUGAUGUAAUAAAAAUACCGGUAAGACAUUCCCUGAAAAUAAGCCACCCAGUGUUUUUUUGAGGAAAAAAAGUGAUAAGACGGUGUCUUAAAAUGUGGGAAAGACGCUAGCUUCAGCAGGGGCUGGAAAGGAGGUAGACCGGCACCUCAGGAGCCUGGUUUGGGACCACGGAGGACCCAUAGAGCAAGGAGGAGGGGCGUUUGGAGUCUUAAAAGGGGGGUCAGAGCCCACGAGACGCCAUUGUGGGCUUCUGCCCCAUGCAGAGCAGACAUGAUUUGAGACAUCUCACCACUGUAUAUAGCAUGCACAAUAAAACUAUGAAAAUCCAGAGGAUGUGUGGAGUGCUUACUCGGGAGUAGCCAACACCCCAUCUGUGACAGCAAGCCCACAAUCUCUUGAUGGCUACCCCGAGGGAAGAGGGCUGCAAAUGUAGCAGCCGGCAUGAAGUUGGCAGCAUCUAAAGCAGAAGAGAGAGAUGCCGAGGGAGGAUUGGCAUGAGUUGCCAGCACCCUGCAACUAUGGAACGGCUCAAGCACCAGGUAGGCACCCGGGCACAGGGGAAGCCAAGCUUAGUGAACCGAGCAGCUCGGAACACAGCCAAGCCAGAGGAGCGGAGGCUGGACAAGCAGAGAGGACACUCGGGACGGGCCAGCACUUUGUAGGGCGACCCUCAGCACAAGCUGGCUCUAAGACUGAGAGGCAUGGUGGCGUGGAAGUGCAGGAGGCUGAGAGGCGAGUCCGGGCAGAGGGGACAGACGGAGGGGAAAGGCAGCGGCCACAAGUUCCCAUACAGUCCCGGGGAGGCAGCUGCAGCACAGCACAGCCCCCUCCAGCCAGAUGUGAUGCAGAGGGACAAAGCCCGCGCGCGGGUACUUUCAAACGCUGACGCGGGAAAACAGAGGGAAGAGAAAGGCGGGAGAUGCCUUUACAAUGCACCCAGCCACUGGGUGGAACACUGCCCCCAGAGGAAGGAAUGGCGAGAGCAGGCAGGCACAGACACAAGCCUGGAUGCCAGAUCAGGAGGGGAGGGGCCAGGCAGAGCACCAACAACUGAGCCCUCCUGUAACACCCCACAGCACGACAAAGAGAUGGAAGUGAGUCUGCAGCUGCCAAGAGGCCAGACCCAGGAGACAGUCGGGCUUCUCCGCAGGGGCAGCAGCAACGAUUUCCUAUCGGUGCACUUGGCUAAGCAGGAUCAGAUUCCCAUUUUCCCAAGGGAGCUGCCCAUGAGCGUCUUGACCGUAGGCGGCCGGGAAUUGCAGGAGGGUGAGGUCACGCAACAGACCCCCUCUCGGAAGAUGACAGUGAACAAGCACGCAGAAGUGCUAGCUUUGGACUUAAUGGACAAUGACCCUGUGGGCAGCCAGCGCCGGGGAGAUCUCACCUUUGGAGAUGCAGACGGCAAGGAGCACUGCAGGAAAGAAGGAGAAUCCUCAGGAUCGCACCACAUCAGCUCCCCAGGCGGAUGGAACGACGCAGAGGCGGGGAUGCAGGAAGAGAAACUGAGCCAACUCACCAAAGAGGACACUUUUACCCAGAACAUACGGAGGGACUUGAGGGAGAAAAAGGGGGCAGGGGAAGGGCUUGCCGAGAAAGAGGGGUUACUCUUUAGCAAUGAUGCCCGGUAUAUGCCCCAGGACUCCCUCAGAGGGAAGAUUCUCAAGCAAUAUCAUGACAACCCCACGGAGGGGCAUGCAGUACAUGUCUUCACGAGGCUCACACCCAGUAAGGCCAGUCUUGGGCGAAACCCCAGAGCCUUCCCAGAGCAGGGGGAGGGGGAGAUUGGGGGACCACCUAUUGAGGCAUGGGGUGAGAGGAGGGAGACAGUACACCAACAACUGGAUGGAGACGUGGCAAGGGGCAAUGAGGCUUACAAGGAGGGGGCAGACCAUCACAGGGGACUGGAGAAGGUCUUCCACGGAGGGGACAGGGUCUGGCUGUGGUCAGAAGGCCUUCCCAUGGGGGGAAGGGGGAAGAAGCUGGCACCCAGAAGGCUGGGGCCCUUCAAGGUUCUGACACAGAUCAACCCUGUCACCUUCAGGGGGGAAGCACCUACAGCGAGAAAGGUCCAUCCCGUGGGUCACAGGUCUUUGCUCUCACACUUUAGGGAAAGCCCAAGGUUCAGAGGACGUGACACACAUCCAACACAAGACGCUGACAGGAGGGAGGGGGAGGAAAUCACACAAAAGACACUAGAUAGAAGGGUGGAGGGAGAAGGCAGCCAAGAGGGUCCAGAAAGAAAGGAAGAGGAGGAGGUCUACAGUGCCACAGCGAGCCCGGGCUCCCGGUGGGGGGAGGGGGGGUUAAAAUGUCUGAUGGCCAGGCAGGGCACUCCUGCUUCCCAAAACGCGGAGGCAACCACGCACACCAUGCAAGGGGAGGACCGCACACUGGAACUGCACGCUCCUUUCUCCCACAGACCCAAACCACCACACGUCAGUAGCACAGGGAACACAGAGGGGGAGGGCGAUCCCAGGUGGGGAGCAGGGGAGACGCAGACCCAAGGAGCCCUCCGGGAAUCGGAAGCAAUUUUCCAGAGGGAGGAGGAGGAUGACAACGGAAGGAACUACACGGACCAGCCACCCAGCACCGACGGGGAACAGGAUUUUACACACACUACAGAGGAGGAAGACCUGUCAGGCUUCCAGCCCUCUUUACAGACAUCAGACCAGGCAAACCAGGCCUCAGAAAGGGGGGGGGAGCCUGGAGGGGGGGGUGGAUGUAAGAGAGAGGGCUUGCAGAGAGCAGCCCACUCUGCUUACUUCCACCAGAUGGGAGAGCAGCAGCAAGUCUGGGAGUUCAAAUCAGGAACAGGAAGGGUUAAGACGGGUCCAGGGCUCUGCAGAGUCCUGGUGGCUCAGCUCCAGGUUGGUAGCAGGGAAGCAGGGGAGGAGCUAGCUUCAGCAGGGGCUGGAAAGGAGGUAGACCGGCACCUCAGGAGCCUGGUUUGGGACCACGGAGGACCCAUAGAGCAAGGAGGAGGGGCGUUUGGAGUCUUAAAAGGGGGGUCAGAGCCCACGAGACGCCAUUGUGGGCUUCUGCCCCAUGCAGAGCAGACAUGAUUUGAGACAUCUCACCACUGUAUAUAGCAUGCACAAUAAAACUAUGAAAAUCCAGAGGAUGUGUGGAGUGCUUACUCGGGAGUAGCCAACACCCCAUCUGUGACAAAAGCCAAUUCUUACGCCGACUUCUAAAAUUACCAACAUGCGUAAGUAAUGCGGCUAUUCGCUUAGAAAUGAAGAUCCCCUCAGUGGAGUUAGUUUUAUGGAGGCGAGUUUUGAUUUAUUGGAUAUCCCUAUGGCAUGAACUCCCGAAACACUAUCUCAUUCAAUGCAUGUGGCGGGAUGACUUCACAAAUUUGUGGUCAGGAAAAAUCCAUGCCAAAUUGCUGUCCUAUGAGAUCUCGCCCACUGAAUUGCUCAAACUGGAUCUAAAUGCGGCAAAAAGGUGUAUAAAUCAAAGGCUGGAUGAUGCGGAGCUAUACCAAAAUUUCUUAGCUGGU